UCCCGCCCGCGCGCCCCCGGCCCAGCUGCGGCGCGUGACGCGGGGCGCGCGGCUCCGUCGGCUACCGCGGGCGGGCGCAGGCGACGGGCACGGCGGGCGAGCGGGCGGUAUGGCGGCGGCGGGGCCCGCGGCGGGGCCGACGGGGCCCGAGCCCAUGCCGAGCUACGCGCAGCUAGUGCAGCGCGGCUGGGGCAGCGCGCUGGCGGCGGCGCGGGGCUGCACGGACUGCGGCUGGGGGCUGGCGCGUCGCGGCCUGGCUGAGCACGCGCACCUGGCGCCUCCCGAGCUGCUGCUGCUGGCGCUCGGCGCGCUGGGCUGGACCGCGCUGCGCUCCGCCGCCACUGCGCGCCUCUUUCGGCCCCUGGCGAAGCAGUGCCGCCUCCAGCCCAGAGAUGCCGCCAAGAUGCCCGAGAGUGCUUGGAAGUUUCUCUUCUACCUGGGCAGCUGGAGCUACAGUGCCUACCUGCUGUUUGGCACCGACUACCCCUUCUUCCAUGACCCACCAUCUGUCUUCUACGACUGGACACCGGGCAUGGCGGUGCCACGGGACAUUGCAGCCGCCUACCUGCUCCAGGGAAGCUUCUACGGCCACUCCAUCUACGCUACGCUCUACAUGGACACCUGGCGCAAGGACUCGGUGGUCAUGCUGCUCCACCAUGUGGUCACUCUCAUCCUCAUCAUCUCCUCCUACGCCUUCAGGUACCACAAUGUGGGCAUCCUUGUGCUCUUCCUGCACGAUAUCAGUGAUGUGCAGCUUGAGUUCACCAAGCUCAACAUUUACUUCAAGUCCCGCGGCGGCUCCUACCAUCGGCUGCAUGCCUUGGCAGCAGACCUGGGCUGCCUCAGCUUCGGCUUCAGCUGGUUCUGGUUCCGCCUCUACUGGUUCCCGCUCAAGGUCCUGUAUGCCACCACUCACUGCAGUCUGCGCGCGGUGCCUGACAUCCCCUUCUACUUCUUCUUCAAUGCGCUCCUGCUGCUGCUCACCCUUAUGAACCUCUACUGGUUCCUGUACAUCGUGGCGUUUGCAGCCAAGGUGUUGACAGGCCAGGUGCGCGAGCUGAAGGACCUGCGGGAGUACGACACAGCCGAGGCCCAGAGCCUGAAGCCCAUCAAAGCCGAGGAAGCAGUGGCUCAGAGCUCCAUGACGUUUUUUGGAACGGGAGGUGCGAGAUGCAGACAUUUAACACAUCCGGGGCUGUAGCCAGGCAGAGGAGCAUCAGACCCCCUACCCUGUUUGGAAGGGAGAACCCAUCAGAUUCGCCUUGGGUGUAGAUGAAACAGAAAUAAAAGAAUCAAAGACGACUCAAGACUUUUGGCUCAAGCUGGUAUUGACUGAGAUGGGAUUGGGGCAGGGUCGCAUGGGUUCUGGCAGAUGUGGCGUUAGGAGCCUCCUUUUGAGGGUGUUAGAUUGCACUGUCCUUUGAGCAUGAGUCAAUAAUUUUUUUUUUUUUUUUUUUUUUUUGAGACAGGGUCUCACUCUGUCGUCCAGGCUGGAGUGUGCGGUGGCACGAUCUUGGCUCGCUGCAACCUCCACUUCCCAGGCCCAGGAAGUGAUCCUCCUGCCUCAGCCUCCCAACUAGCUGGGACCACAGGCAUGCACCACCAUGCUGUGCUAACUUUUGUAUUUUUUGUAGAGCUGGGGUUUCCUCAUGUUGCUCAGGCUGGUCUCAAACACCUGGGCUCAAGUGAUCCACAUGCCUUAGCCUCCCAAAGCUGCUGGGAUUACAGGCAUGAGCCACUGCAGUCAGCCUCAGUCGGGAAUUCUCCAGAGAUCAGCUAGGUCUCCCCAAGGAGUCUUCCAAAGGUGGCGAUGGCUAAAGGGGGCACCAGUUUGGCAACAUCUAGACACCAGGAAGGUCCUCUUGCUGUAGAACAGUGAGCUCAUGGUGGGGACAUCCUUGGAGGUGCAGAACCCAGGACAAGAGGAAGCCAGACCUCCCAGCCCCACCAGUGUCUGGCUCUGUCCCCGCUGAGGAUGUCUCAUCAGAACACAGGGUAAGAGCUGGCAUGUCCUCUAGGACGGCAAAGCAUGGACUCUGCACAGAAAUGCCAGAGUGUACCAGGGAACACCCUGCGAUGAUUGAUCCCAUAGGCACCACCAGCAGAGUUCGAUUCUCUAAGGACAGCUGGAGUUAGUGCAGUUGGGUAUAAAACAGGAUGGGAUGAAGGCGGUCAGGCUGAGAGACGUCUUCCAAAAGAGCCUGUCAGGAUGCCCAGAAACUGUCAAGAUCAUGGGAAACAGGGAAAGACUGAGGAACAAUCGAGGGUCAGAGGAGACCAAGGAGACAGAUGCCACCUGCAGCAUGGGCUCCUGGACCAGGAAAGGGACCUUCACCAAGAAGCUGGUGAAUUCAAAUCAUGUCGAGUUUAGUUAAUUGCAAAGCACCAAUGUUGGUUUCUUUAGCUGCGACCCAUGUGCCAUGGAAAUGUAAGCUGUAAUGUCAGGGAAGCUGGAUGGAGGUGACAGGAGCUCCCUGUACUCCCUUUGUAGCAUCUCUGUAAAUCUAAAAUUAUUCUAAAAUAAAAAAGUUUGGCCACACGUGGUGGCUCACGUCUGUAAUCCCAGCACUUUGGGAGGCCAAGGCAGGAGGAUGGCUUGAGGCCAGGUGUUCAAGACCAGCCUGGGCAAUAUAGGGAUAUCCAGUCUCUAAACACACACACACACACACACACACACAACCCAAAAAAACAAAACAAAACAAACAAAAUAGCCAUGUGUUGUGGCACACUCCUAUAGUCCCAGCUACUCAGGAGGCUGAGGUGGGAUGAUCGCUUAAGCCAGGGAGCUGCAGUGAGCCGUGAUCACACCACUAUACUCCAGAGCAACAGAGCAAGACCCUGUCUCAAAACAAAGAAAAAAACCAAACCAAAACAAACCAAAAAGUUUAUUUUAAAAACAGGUAUGAGAGACCAUCAAAAAUGGCAUUGAAGGCCAGGCGCGGUGGCUCACGCCUGUAAUCCCAACACUUUGGGAGGCCAAGGCAGGUGGAUCAUUUGAAGUCAGGAGGUGGCUAACAUGGUGAAACCCCGUCUCUACUAAAAAUACAAAAACUUAUCUGGGCAUGAUGACACACUCCCGCAAUCCCAGCUACUCAGGAGGCUGAGGCAGGAGAAUCGCUUGAACCCGGGAGGCAGAGGUUGCAGUGAAAAAAAGGCAUUGAAUGUUACUUUCCCAGGGACUGUAUAACAAAAGUAACACAAACUUGUGACUUACAACCACAGGAACUUAUUCUCUAAUAUUUCUGGAUGACAGAUGUUCAAAAUCAAGGUCAGCUGGGCGGUGCUCCCUGUGGAACUCUAGGCGAGGAUCCCUCCUUGCCUCUUGGGCUUCUGGUGGCUCCAGGCAUUUCUUGUUUUGUGGCUGCAUCGCUCCAGUCUCGGUCUCUGUCUUCCCAGGGCUUUCUCUUCUUCUCUUCCAUCUCUCUUCUCUCUUAUAAGGACACUUGUCAUGGUGAAACAGGUCAGGGUCACUGGUCUUGUUGUCUAAGGUGUUGUCUGAGCUUGUGGUCUCACGACCAAGAAAAUUAAGGCACGUAGACACAAAGGUCGAGGUUGGAGCAAAAGUUUAAUAAAAGAAAGCUCUCCCCAGCAGAGAGAGGACUCCAGGUGGAUUGCCGUUUUAACAGUUGAAUCCAAAAGCUUCUUUUUUUUUUUUUUUUUUUUUUUGAGAUAGUGUCUCACUAUGUCGCCCAGGCUGGAGCGCAGUGGUGUGAUCUCAGCUCACUGCAACCUCCACCUCCCGAGUUCAAGCAAUUCUCCUGCCUCAGCCUCCUGAGUAGCUGGGAAUACAGGCGUGUGUCACCAGACCCAGCUAAUUUUUGUAUUUUUACAAAUGGGGUUUCACCAUGUUGGCCAGGCUGGUCUUGAACUCCUGACCUCAAGUGUUCCUCCUGCCUCAGCCUCCCAAAGUGUUGGGAUUAUAGGCGUGAGCCACCGUGCCCAGCCUGUUUCUUUUUUUUUUUUUUUUUUUGAGACAGAGUCUUGCUGUCGCCCAGGUUGGAGUGCAGUGGCGCGAUCUCGGCUCACUGCAGGCUCCGCCCCCCGGGGUUCACGCCAUUCUCCUGCCUCAGCCUCCCGAGUAGCUGGGACUACAGGCGCCCACCACCACGCCCGGCUAAUUUUUUGUAUUUCUGUAGAGACGGGGUUUCACCGUGUUAGCCAGGAUGGUCUCGAUCUCCUGACCUCGUGAUCCGCCUGCCUUGGCCUCCCAAAGUGCUGGGAUUACAGGCAUGAGCCACCGCGCCCGGCCCAGCCUGUUUCUUUCUUUCUUUCUUUCUUUCUUUCUUUCUUUUUUUUUUUUUUAGAGAGAGGGUCCCACUCUGUCACCCACGCUGGAGUGCACUGUCUCAAUCAUAGUUCACUGCAGCCUCAACCUCCUGGGCUUAAGUGAUCCUCCCGCCUCAGCAUCCCAAGUAGCUGGAACCACAGGCACCCACUGUCAUAUCCAGCUAAUUUUAAAGUGUUUUUGUAGAGAUGAGAUCUCACUAUAUUACCCAGUCUGGUCUCAAACUCCUGGCCUCAAGUAAUCCUCCCACCUCAGCCUCCCAAAGUGCUGGCAUUACAGGCAUGAGCCACUUUGCCUGAUUCCGAAAAUUCAAUCAGGAUUGGAACACUUCAGAAAACCAAGACUGAGAACCACUUUUAUAUAACUCAGGAGGCAUGAAGCAAAUCAGAGCGCAAUUAAUUGGCUUGAUCUCUUCCUCACCCCAUCUCACCCCAUUGCUGCUGCUUGAGCAGCCUCAUCUCCAGGGUCCCCUCAUCUGUAUUCCUUCCCCUGAAUUCCGUGUCCUCCUCAUGGCCCUCAUGGGACCCCUAGUGAUGUGGGUAGCCAGUACCCUUCUCUCGUACACUGACGCCCGUAGCUUCCUUGUGGUCACUCCCAUGUCCUUGUCAUGACCCAGCCCCUCCAUCCAAAGUCCCCAUUGCCCUCUCAGGGGUUGCCGGGACCGGCCAUCCAUUGAGACACUCUCACCUCUCUCUGGCUCUGGUGACCUGCACCCAGUGCUCCGUAAAUCCCAUUUUCACCUCUGCUGCACCUGCCACCGCCCCUGCAGUGUCUAAAGAACUGGGUUGGGCAUGGUGACUCACAUCUGUAAUCCCAGCACUUUGGGAGGCCGAGGCUGGAGGAUGGUUUGAGCCCAGGAGGUCAAGGCUGCAGUGAGCCACGACUGCACCACUGCACCCCAGCUGCGGUAACAGAGCAAGACCCUGUCUCAAAAAAUAAAAAUAGAAAACUGUGAACUUCAGCCCCUAUGUCUGGCCCAUGUAGGAGCAUCUUCCCUCCUGAGGGUUCCUGGGCACCAGCUGUCCCCAUCAUCAUCAUCUCCUGCACUGAUAAUCUGGCCAACAUGUCCUCAAGAAAGCAGGAGUGGCCGGGUGAGGAUGUCCACCUGCUGCUACAGUGGACAACAGUCCCUCUCUCUCUGAGGCUACGGAUGUUCACCCAGCUUGCCUGUUCAAGGACAUUUCAACCCAGGAGAGAACGUGCUCUCUGCUCUUCUCCACCACUGGCCUCAUCAGCCUGUUUCCCUCCCUUGUAGCAGAAUUCCUAGAUCCUCCUCAAACCCAGCUGUGCCCAGUCUUCCUCUCCCCAUCCCGAAGACCACUCCUGUCCAGCUCCCAUGUAGCUCUCUUGGUGCUAACCCCAGAGAGUCCCCUCCCCUUCUUAUUAUUAUUUAUUUUUUUUGAGACAGAGUCUUGCUCUGUCACCCAGGCUGGAGUACAGUGGUGAGAUCUCAGCUCACUGCAACCUCCACCUUCCAGGUUCAAGCGAUUCUCCUGCCUCAGCCUCCCGAGUAGCUGGGAUUACAGACGUGUGCACCACACCUGGCUAUUGUUGUAUUUUUUUUAGUAGAGAUGAGGUUUCACAAUGUUGGCCCAGGCUGGUCUUGAACACCUGACCUCAGGUAAGCCACCCGUCUUGGCCUCCCAAAGUGCUAGGAUUACAGGUAUGAGCCACCAUGCUUGGCCCUGACUAAUUUUUAAAAUUUUUGUAGAGAUGGGGUCUCACUGUGUUGCCCAGGCUGAUCUUGAACUCCUAGGGUCAGGUGAUCCGCCUGGCUCGGCCUCCCAAAGUGCUGGGAUUACAGGCGUGAGCCACUGCGCCUGGCCCUUGAAGCCCUUUAUUUACUCUGCACUCCUGCUCUGUCUCUCUGGCCUCCUGGCUGGCCUCCUCCUCUUCUGGGGCCCUUUCUCUGCCCACACUUAAUCCACACCGACUCCCACAUUUCUCUCCUAGCCACGAAGCUCCCCUGAGUGCCAUUCUCCAUCUCCCAUGUUUGACAUUUCCAGCAUCUUCUAAAAUAUCUCAAAUCAGCCCCCAAUUUCACCCCAGACUCCCUCUCUAGUCAUAGACUAGUGUCAACACUAGUCUAUCAGUGUCGACAACAGUUUGGGGCAAAACCCUUGCAAGACCCCAGGGGGCCCUGUCUCCUCUGUCUCCCUCUCCUCCUCAUCUAUGAAGAAACAUCUAGAAAAUGCCUGCAUCAUCCUUCUCUCUCUGCACCCUCGCUCUGACUCUUUUCACCACAGUGGUGGAUAGAAGCCGAAAGGUGUCAAUCAGAGUAAGGACAUCUCGGCCCGGCACGGUGGCUCACGCCGAUAAAUCCCAGCACUUUGAGAGGCUGAGGCGGAUGGAUCACCUGAGGUCAGGAGUUCGAGACCAGCCUGGCCAACAUGGUGAAAUCCCGUCUCUACUAAAAAUAUAAAAAUUGGCCGGGUGCGGUGCUCACGCCUGUAAUCCCAGCACUUUGGGAGGCCAAGGCGGAUGGAUCACCUGAGGUCAGGAGUUCUAGACCAGCCUGGCCAACAUGGUAAAACCCCAUCUCUAUUAAAAAUACAAAAAUUAGCUGGGCGUGGUGGCAGGCGCCUGUAAUCCCAGCUACUUGGGGGGCUGAGGCAGGAGAAUCGCUUGAACCCAGGAUGCAGAGGUUGCAGUGAGCCAAGAUCGUGCCACCGCAUUCCAGCCUGAGGGACAAGAGCGAGACUUUGUCUCAAAAAAAAAAAAAAAAAAAAAUUACCCUGGGCAUCGUGGUGCAUGCCUGUAAUCCCAGCUACUCGGGAGGCUGAGGCAGGAGAAUCCGGUGAACCUGGGAGGCAGAGGUUGCAGUGAGCUAAGAUUGUGCCACUGCACUCCAGCCUGGGCGACAGAGCGAGACUCCAUCUCAAAAAAAAAACAAAA